AUGGCACAGCCCAGACCAAAUGUGACAAGAAGAGAGCCGAGCUGUCACAGUGUCACAGCCCAGCCCAAAUGUGAGAAGAAGAAAGCCGAGCUGUGUGUGGCUCAAAUGGAGGACGUCAUCACAGGUGUACUGGAGACAACGACAGGAGUUUCUCGGACAGAAAAGCUGCAGCAGCUGUGUUUAAAUGUAAUCAAGGGAAAUAACUUGACGCAGUGUUUCAUCGAGUCCACUUCCGGUUGCGCAGAAACCCCGAAAGUGGCACCAAACGACAUAAUACAGCGGUGGGAGAAAGUGAUGCAGGACUUGUACGGGCUGUGUGAUGGAGCCUGCCCGAACUUUCUAGAACGUACUGUGAACAUCACACAGUGUACUGGCAUAAUCCGAUUUGACGCCCUCUAUGAUUCUUCCUACAACGUCUUCUGUAGUUCCCUGAACGCCAGCCUGCAGUGUGUGAGCGAGACGUCAGAGCUGUGCCCACAGUUCAGCAACUUGUUCUACGACCUGCUGCCCGAGGGCAUGGACAAGACGGCCUCCACCAUCUGCACGGGAGGUUGUGAUAAUUUCGACCAGGCCCUGGAGAUGCUGGACACGUGCAAGAAAUACGUCAUCGACCUGCCUGACGACUUGAAGGAGGCGUGUGUCUCCUACGAGAACUUCAAGACGUGUAUACGAAUGUCCGAGGCCCCAGUCGCCUGCCCUAUGUUCGGAUCCCUGAUGGAAGUCCUCUAUCCCCAGCAUAUCUUCGGCCUGUAUGAGCAGAACUGUAACAGGAGUCUUGAUGACGCCACUGUUGACAAAUGUGGCGCCAUAGGUGAGGCAAGGGUUGACCACUGUCUUAGGAUAUUCGCCCUAGCCUGGCCUGCCAAACCUAAGACACCUUCUGAUCAACAAUGCAAAGACUACGUGACCGGCAUGAAAUGUCUGGAGAGAGCCGGCUUUGGAGAAUGCGCCACCCUGAGAGAUUACUUCCGGUCAAAGACAGUGGGCAAGGAGGAGGUCAAGAAGGUGAUGCAAGAAAAAUGUCCCGGCGCCUCGGCCAGCAAUAUUGUGGUCCCUUCUACAGUAACGGUGCUAGCCUUUUUAGUAGCUGUGUUACAAUAUAUUUCACACUAG